AUUUCCUUCAAUGACAAAUGUGUGGUUUCAGGUCUUUAAAAUGUUAUGCCGGGCUGCGACCAUGACUAGUUUCAACCUCUGUGCAUGGAGAAAUGAAUGGUCAUGAUAGGAACAUGUUUUGGCAGGGCCACAGACAACAAUCAACAUCUAGGAUCUUUCUCUCCCUUGUUCUGUUAACUGUCAUUGAGUUAGUAAACACAACAAUUCCAUGCAAGGAGAGCUGCAAUAAAACUAUUCACAAAGGUGUGAAGCUCAGCAAGUUAAUGAAGAAAAACACUGCAGAACUAAUAAAGACAUAUCAAGCCAAUGAGGGAGACUUUGCAAAGCAGUUCUGCAAAAUGCAGAAUGACAACGUUCCGACAUCAAGCCUCUCAGGACAAACUUCAGCUGAUCAUAUGUUGAACAUUUACACACGUCUAAAGGAGUUCCAGCCUCACAUAAAGAAAGUUCUGGAGCAGCAGACAGACUUGCUGCCUUCACAAAGCCCUUUGCUUAAUAGCCUGAAUCAGACUUUGCAACGGACUGGCCACCUUGUCCACAAGGUGACCUGCAUUCUGCAGAUCUUGCAGCCCAAUAUUCCAUUAUCUGAGCCAGCAGCCAGACCUACCGGAAUUCCCCUGCCUCAAAAUGUGUUUCAGCAGAAGGUCUAUGGGUGUGUUGUCCUGACUCGGCUCAACAAGUUCCUCUCAAGAGUUGUCGAUGAACUGAGGUCACUCAAGGGUAGCAUGUGUGUAAUACGAGAAAAAAAGGAACUGUGGUGAUGUCAUAGAACUAGUGGACAAUGAUUUGAAAUGAUUCGUCUUUGAAGGUUGACGGGUAUAUUUAUUAAUUAUUUAUUUUUCACAGAGUAAAUAUAAGAAAAUAGCCCGGAUAAACAGGGCAUACGUUUGAUAGUUUCAUUUGCAGAGGUAUUUAUUCCAUUAAUUUAUUGCUAUGCCAUAAUUAAUUAAUAUAUUACUUGAAUGCACAAAUGUUCCUAAAUGACUAAAUUAUACUUAAUAAUUUUGCAACAUUACAUUUUUUGGCAGUGAAGAAAAAUCUUAUUUUCUUAUCAAAGGGUCACUGCAGGUCUGAGAGUUUAAUUCAACAAAUGAUCAACCAAUGUUCUUAGCAAGUAUUUGAUGGUAUCAAGCCCGACUUAAGUUAGCUAUAUCAUUCUGUAUGUGUUAUUCCUCUGUAGAUAGACAGAUCAGACCCAGUAUUGCACACUGACCCAGAUUAAGAUUUCUUGCCACUGAGGGUCAUAUAUAUUGUUAGAUGAUGAUGUUUGACUGCUCAGGAAUUCACAAAGAUUGUGAUGAGAGCUGUUAGCCAUAUUGGCUUUUAUGGUAUGUGCUUGAAUGAACUGGUGGAUGGAGCUGGUGCAUUUGGGCUGCUGUCUGAGACAUCUGAGACAUGUGUUGAAACAGGUUUAGCAGACAGGAAGUGAAAGAGACUGUGAUAUCAGCCCUUAAUGACGCAUUCAGCUAAACACAUCAGAUAGGAAAGAAAAAACACUGACUAGCUGUCGCCCCUGUCACAAGAUGGAUGUCUGAGAGAGAGAGAGAGAGAGAGAGAGAGAGAGAGAGAGAGAGUGUGUGAGUGUGUGUGUGUGUGUGUGUGUGUGUGUUAGUGUGUUAGGUUUAAGCCACUGAUUACUAGGCUAGGACAAGACGACAUACUUAUUCUUGUGAAAUAUUUUGCUCAGUUCUGAUAUUGAAGCGCUAUAUGAAAAAUUUACAAAUCAUUUAUAUUUAAAAUUACUAUUUGAGCAAUUAAUGCAUAUACUGGCAUCUGUAAAUACAACAGCUGAUACAAACACA